AUGUCGAACGUUAGCACACCUCGCAACCACAAGAUGAAGAAGAGCACGAACGAGUUCGGGUUUGAGAGGACACCUUCGAAUUGGAGCGCUGUGCCCACCCUCGUCGAGUGGGUCAAGAUGUUGUUUCUGGCGUACGGCCAAAAUCAGAGCGAGCGAGGGGAGAAUGGUAUUCUGAGGAAACAAGGGUUGGGGAGGAGAAGAAGCAGAAUCACAUCAAUGGAAGAUGAUCCAAGAUUCCUCCUUACGGCCGCUGAUUCCGAUGACGACCUCCCACCCGUCACGGACCUUUUACGCGACCACCCACGGCUCGAUGCAUUUGAAGGAUGA